AUGAAGAACAAAGGGUGUGUUGUUCUUGGUUUCCUUCUUUACCUUCUAAGCUUUCUUGCAUUAAGCAGCCAUGCCGGGCAGGGAGAUGCACUUGGGCUUUUUAUGUGGAAAAAGAGAUUCAAUGGAAAUGCACACACUGAGGAGGCAAAAAUGGGUAGUUCUAAGCUCUCUGUAAGCAGUGGUGAUCGACGAUUUCGAUUGAGUGAAAUUGUUCAACCUCAGAAAGGAUUGAAAGAGAAAGAUAAGAUUAAAACGUUACCUGGGCAACCAGGAAAUGUAAAGUUCCAUCAGUAUGGAGGUUAUGUCACAGUUAAUGAAAAAGCAGGGAGAGCUCUGUUCUAUUACUUUGUUGAAGCUAAGAAAAACAAAGAUGUCUUGCCUCUUAUCAUUUGGUUUAAUGGAGGGCCUGGUUGUUCUUCUUUAGGAUUUGGAGCAAUGGAUGAAAUCGGUCCAUUUCGAGUUUCCAGCGAUGCUAAAACGCUCUACAAGAACAAAUUCGCAUGGAACAAUGUGGCAAAUGUGUUGUUCAUAGAGUCACCAGCAGGAAUAGGGUUCUCAUACACAAACACUUCAUCUGACUUUGAAGUGACAGGAGAUCAAAGCACAGCUGAUGAUGCUUAUAUUUUCUUGAUGAAUUGGUUAGAGAGGUUUCCUGAAUACAAGAACAGGAAAUUAUAUUUAACUGGAGAGAGCUAUGCUGGACAUUAUGUUCCUCAGCUUGCACUUACCAUUCUCAAACAUAACAAGGAAGGAAACCAGUCCAUAGACCUCCAAGGAAUUGCUAUUGGCAAUCCGGUACUCGAUGAUCGGGAUGACGAAGAAAUCAGUACACCGAGAUUUGAAUACCUGUUAUCACACAAUCUCAUUUCAGACGAGAUCAUGGAAUCAAUCCGCGCAAAAUGCGAUUGCUCUAAGUAUGUAUCCGGAAGAAUUGAAGAAUCAUGUUAUAAAAGUCUGAUUCAAACUGUUCCAGCAACCCUAAAUAUUGUUCCAGAUAACAUAUAUGGUCCUUUUUGCAAGAAUAAUGUGACUGCCAAACCCAAGAGGCAUUCAAUUCAGUUCUAUGAUCCUUGUAGUGAAAAGUAUGUUCUGGCUUAUCUGAAUCGCCCAGAAGUCCAAAGUGCAAUUCAUGCCAAUGUUACUGAACUUAACUAUCCCUGGAAAGGCUGUAGUGAUUUUCUUUAUAAACCUGAAAAAUGGGCUGACUCUGUACACUCUGUUCUACCAAUAUUAAAGGAGCUUCUGGACAAUAGAAUCAGAGUCUUGGUUUACAGUGGAGAUAUUGAUUUUAUUGUUCCUGUUACUUGCACUAAAACUUCAUUGAAGAGGCUUAACCUCAAAGAGAAGUUUCCCUGGUAUGCUUGGAACUCCAGCUCAGAGACUGGUGGACUCUUUGUGGAGUAUGAAGAAGGGUUAACAUUUGCUACAGUUAGGGGAGCAGGUCAUAUGGUUCCAAGCUACCAGCCAGAGAGGGCACUUAUGCUUAUCAAGUAUUUCCUCGAUGGGGUGCCUCUUCCAGCUUUAGAUCCCCCGGAGGUGGAGUAA